AUGGCGGUACUCAAUUUCACCCUGAGCGAAGAGGGCGUCUCUGGCUUUCGAGAUGCCCUCAUCUGCCUCAACAAGUUUAGCGACGAUGUGUCCCUCGAGGCGCGCAAGGACGCUCCCUGCAAGUUUACCUUGAGCACACUCAACAGCUCCAAGUCGGCCUACGCGAGCUUCAAGUUCACCACCACCCGCUUCUUUUCACGCUACACCUACCAGGGCACCGGCCAGGCCAGGGAGCGCUUCCACUGCAACAUGUACAUUCGGUCACUCAUGUCGCUCUUCCGCAGCCGCUCUGCGGCUGAUAGCCAGCGGGACCGUGACGCCGAAAAACAGACCCUGAUUGACCGCUGCGACGUCGCCAUUGAAGACGGCCAAGGCGUCAAGAGCCGCUUCAUUGCCCGCAUCGUCUUCCGCACUGGUCUCACGUCUACCCACCGCCUCUCUUUUGAGACUGGCGUGCCGGUGCACGCCAAGUUCAGCAAGACGGACGCGCCGCAUCACUGGUCCAUGUCGUCCCGCACGCUGCGCCAGCUCAUGGACCACUUUGGCCCGGGAAUCGACUACCUGGACAUCAACACCGAUGGCGAUCAUGUCAAUUUUACAUGCUUUAGCGAAAAGACGGUCAGCGAAGAUGCCGUCUUGAAAAAGCCCCUUCAGACCUCAAUUGCGGUCGAAGCAGAUGAGUUCGACGAUAUUGAGGUCGAGGACAAGCUUCACAUUGUAAUCUCGGUCAAGGAUUUCCGUGCCAUUAUCCAGCACGCCGGCAUUGGCGGUUCUACUCUGUCCGCUCGAUACUCCAUCCCCGCUCGCCCAAUCCAGUUUUCCUACGCCGGAGAUGCCCUGUCCUGCGAAUUCCUCAUCAUGACUGUCGGAGAGCGAGGAAGCAACCCUGCCCAGAAGACGAAGAAGGGACGCAAAUCAGCCCCGGCUGGCAAUGCACCGCGGCUCGAGGCCGCGUCUCGUAAGACGAGUAUCGCGCCAUCCGAAGCCCCUGCCCCUCGUCCAGAGACGACACAGCCGCCACCACAAGCUUCGGCCAGGGUCCCGCCGCCGUCUGCAUCGCGGCCUGUGGGCACUAUUAGGGCUAGUGUCUCGCGCAUGUCCGCCUUUGAUCUUCGUCCCUCGCAGCCACCGCCGCCGCCGACUUUGCGGUCCGAGAGUCUAUUUGUCGAGGAUGAGGGCUGGGAGCCGGUACGGGACGAAGACGAAGAUGCGGAAGAGAAUGCGCAGCUUGGAUGGGACCACAGCGCCGACCCCGAUCCCAUUUCGACGCAUUCAUUUAUGCACAUGAGCAGGCCGGAGCCGGCUCCUCCUACACACGACCAGCUCAACCAACCUGCAGACACUUCCACCUUUCUCGAACCCACCCAAAAGCUGUCCGAUGUGCAGAAUCUUGGUUUAUUCCCCGACUGA